GCCCUCCCGCCGCUGCGCUGGGAACCGGGAUCCGCGCGUCCGGGGCGGCUGGCGGCGAGGGCAGGCAGGCGAGGACGCCAGGCUGGGGGCGACGGCGAGGGGCCGCGCGCGAAGGGCGCCGGGCGCAGCAUGGGCGGCCCGCGGGCCUGGGCUCUGCUUUGCUUCGGGCUCCUGCUCCCUGGAGGCAGUGCCGCGUGGAGCGUCGGGGGAGCCCCGUUCUCUGCACGCAGGAACUGGUGCUCAUACGUGGUGACCCGCACCAUCUCGUGCCAUGUGCAGAACGGCACCUACCUUCAGCGCGUCCUGCAGAAUUGCCCCUGGCCUAUGAGCUGCCCUGGGAACAGCUACAGAACUGUGGUGAGACCCACAUACAAGGUGAUGUACAAGACGGUGACAGCCCGCGAGUGGAGGUGCUGCCCUGGGCACACGGGGGCGAGCUGCGAGGAAGUUGCAGGCUCCUCUGGCUUCGUGGAGCCCAGCUGGUCAGGCAUUGCCAUGCGGCGGAUGGCACUUCGGCCCACAGCCUUCUCAGGUUGUCUCAACUGCAGCAAAGUGGCAGAGCUGACAGAGCGGCUGAAGGUGCUGGAGGCCAAGGUGGCGGUGCUGACUGUCACCGAGCGGGCAGUGCCCCCAACCCUGGCUGCCCCUGAGGACUCUGCCCUACUCUGGGGCUCCCCAGCUGCCCAGGGCAGUCCGGGGGAUAGAGGCCUCCGAGAUGGAGUUGGUGCCCGGGGGUUUCCUGGGCCCACUGGCCCUAAGGGAGACCCUGGCAGCCGGGGCCCAAUGGGGAUGAGAGGCCCGCCAGGUCUGCAGGGCCCCCCAGGUAGCCCUGGCCAGGCCGGAGCUGUGGGCACCCCUGGAGAGAGGGGACCUCCAGGCCCCCCAGGGCCUCCUGGCCCCCCUGGCCCCCCAUUCCCUGUUGGACCACCCUCCGCCCGGAUGUCCCAGCAUGGAGACCCAUUUCUGUCCAACACCUUCACUGAGACCAACAGCCACUGGCCCCAGGGACCAGCUGGGCCCCCAGGCCCCCCAGGGCCCAUGGGUCCUCCUGGACCUCCUGGUCCCAUGGGCAUGCCUGGGAGUCCUGGACAUAUGGGACCCCCAGGCCCCACUGGACCCAAAGGAAUCUCCGGCCAUCCAGGAGAGAAGGGCGAGAGAGGACUGCGUGGGGAGCCCGGCCCCCAAGGCUCCAUGGGGCAUCGGGGAGAACCUGGCCCCAAAGGAGACCCUGGUGAGAAGAGCCACUGGGGGGAGGGGUUGCACCAACUGCGCGAGGCUUUGAAGAUUUUAGCUGAGAGGGUUUUAAUCUUGGAAACAAUGAUUGGGCUCUAUGAAGCCAGCUGGCACCCAGCCCAUCCCCGACCCCCAGCUCUCAGCCCAGCCCUCGGAGGCCAGACUCGCACCGUCUGCUCUUCUCAAUCUCCCAUCAGGCUCCUAGCUUACAGAGCUUCCUGCAGCAGCAGGCUCAGCUGGAGCUCCUGGCCAGACGGGUCACCCUGCUGGAAGCCAUCAUCUGGCCAGAACCAGAGGGGUCAGGGGCAGGCCCUGCCGGCAUGGGCACCCCCAGCUUCCUGCGGGGCAAGAGGGGAGGAUACUCCGCCAACUACCGGAUCGUGGCCCCCAGGAGCCGAAAUGAGAGACACUGAGGGGGGGGGGUAGCCCCACGGGGAGGGCCAGGCCAGGCUUCCCUUCCCAGCCUGGACUUGGCCAGCUGCCUCCAGGGUCCACUGGUCCCUAUUUAUUAAUAUCCUCAGGGUCCCUUCUGCCACCUAGGCCUUUGGGGUGGGCAGGUCUUGGUCCUGGCAGUCCACACACAUCUGCCUCCUCUGAGGCUGAGCAGUGACUGGGGCCCAGGCGAGAGGUGAGGCCCUGCUCAGGGCUCCUGGCCUCAGUUUCCCUCUGUGAAAUGGGUGAUGCAGGCCUGUGGGCAGGGGUGGCAGGUUUGCAGCAUCCAUCUUCUUGUUAACUGCCCGGCCAUCCAGGCCCCAAGCAACUGAGGGAGUGGAGGCUGGGGCUCUGCGGGCCCUCAGUCAAGUGGGAUGGUGAGGUGGCCGGUCUCCUUCCCCCUUCCCCAGCCAAACCUGUACCCUCCUCUCCUUGUUUCUGGUGCUGGAUUCCUGGUCCUGAGGUCAAGUUGCCUGAUCUGACUGGACAUUCAGGGCUCCUUGUCUCAGUUCUGACCCUUGAAUCACUCUGUCCCUCCCAUGUCCCAGGGGGAAGGGGGCAUGGAGAGGGAGGGGCCACCUGCUCCCACCACCCUUUGUGACAGACACCAGGAGGUAGAUGUGUAUCAGCCAAUAAAGGCCCCCAGCCUGAAUGCCA